CAGGCCUGUGUGUGAACCUUCGACACCGUCUAUCAACAGUCGGAAUAUUUUCUUCUUAAGGAAAAUGAUUGAUUUAUUUAAGUUCCACUUCAUACUGUUUAAUUAUGUCGACCUUCUCACUAUACCCAGGACGAUAAUACGUUAUGAAUGUAUUUGUCUGAAGCUAUGACCUUGAAAGGCAUAAUGUAUGGUUUUGCUGAAGGUUAUUGUUUGCCGGUGACGUGUUGUCUGGGGUUGGGCCUACAGACAUGUAAACAGCCAGAACAACCCGCAUGAAUAAAACCCGAGAGAAUAAUGGCCGAAAGCAAGCAGAAUCGAGAUGAUGUUCUCACAUGUUCUGUAUGUAUGGAAACAUUCCGGGAACCAGUAAUGCUACCCUGUCAGCACAGUUUUUGUAGGGAAUGCAUUGGUUUAUAUGCUGACAAGUCCAAACCUGUACAGACAGAUAAGACCUCCGGAAACACUGGGAAUGAGGACGUUCAUCAGCAGAUAGCAUGCCCUGUGUGUCGGGCACCGACCAGUCUGGGGAGAGAAGGUGUAGCUGGUCUGCCUCCCAACUUUCACCUGGCGGAAAUUGUGGAGAAGUUGUCUGCUGUAAAGGUUGAGGAUGACAUCCCAUAUUGUUCAAUGUGUGAGGACAAUCAUGCUAAAGCUGUCAAGUUUUGUACUAAGUGCGAUAUGUUCUACUGUCAGGAAUGUCUUGCAAAUUACCAUCCAACGAGAGGGCCUCUAAAACGGCAUCGACUGAUUUCCUCCCUGGAGUACCUCGCCCAGGAAAUCUCACAGGGUCAAGUUAGCAGGGACCACCAAUCAACUCAGCAGCCGUCCUGUGCCAGGCACGGUCAGCCAUUCGGCUUGUACUGUGUACCGUGUCGGAUGGUGAUCUGUAUGGGGUGUGUGGUUGACCACCCGGAACAUGCUGUGCGGGAUAUACCAUCUGCAGCUGAGAAGAACAAGCUAGCUGUUUUGAACAAGACUAGCGAACUGGAGAAAGUCUUACAAGAAACUAAAGAAUCACUGUCAGGAGUUACGAGGCUGCACAAUAAGAUACAGGAAAACCAGGAACUUCACACUCAGGAGGUAGAAAAGGCUUAUUGUGCAGCCUUGGAAUCUUUACAAGCCUGGAGACAGCACUCCAUAGAUGGCAUAAAAACCCGCUGUUCACAGUGGAGUGUGGAUUGUAGUGCUAUACUCAAACAUAUUCAGCUACAGACCCAGGAAAUGGAGAGGAUGGUACAAGCUUCCAAAGAUUUCUUAGCGUCAAUGGACGUCGAGAUAUUACAGGGUUCCACGCUCUUCACCAAAACAAUUGAUGACCAGCUGAAUGAGAUAAAAGCAGAUCUGGAGGAACAUGAGGUCAGCAAACAGAAGCUUCUAGAUUUUGUACAGCGUGACCUUGUUGUCCCUAGACACGUGACAGUAAAAGAGACAGUGGAAGAAAGUCAGGACUUAGAAGCAGCAGUCAGUGGACAAAUGUCACGCCCACGUGUUACAAAGCCCACGCUGAGAUUCACAGAGACAGACGACCGUGGGCUGAGAAUCACUGACAGCGGCUGUGUGGUAAAGGGUGAGGUCUUGUUCUGGAGGAGGUGGUGGAGAGCUGUGACAGACGGGCGUUACCAGACGGGCAGGUACUACUGGGAGCUACACAUCACCUGUUCACCUGGCUGUGACUGUCGUGUAGGAGUGACACACGAGAGCUGUGAUGUGAGUGAGGUGACAAAACCUGGCCGUAACUCCUGGUACAUUGGGAUGGUGUACCGUGGUGAUGAGGUCAGGUGUUAUAGUCACCGUGGUGGUGGUGAGAUCAAACCUGGCUAUCUACAGUGGAGACGUUACACACGACCUCAUCACCUGGGUGUGUACCUGGACUGUGAUGAGCACACACUGACAGUCCUGGACUGUGACAACAACCAGGUAAUGUACACUGUCAGUGGUGUUAUCGUCACAGAGCCUCUCGUGCCAUGGGUUGAGUUUUGUGUCUGGUCUGGAUCUGUGUCUGCUCGUCUGGUAACGGGUGACUCUGCAACUCUGCCUCCAGUUCUCUGUGAUAUGAUAAGCACUUCCUGACCAUCGGGUAAUUAUUCGUUACAUCUUUUCCAUAGUAUUACAUUUUGUUGAAAUAGACUCUUUUUUAAAAAAAAUAAAUGACCAGUUUGUAGAUGUUUUAGUUAAUGUGAGCAGUGUGGCUAAUUCAGUAUGUAUAGCUUCUUCUGCAAAGUAGUCAUUGAUCUGUCACAAGUUUACAGCUUGAUGUAGUUAUACACAGUCUGUCUGACUUGUCCUGAACAUCAAUGUCAUGUUUCCUUCCAGGCAAAAUGCAUGUAGAUAAUGACUGGGUAGUUUUAUUUUUAGUAAUGGUGACUUGUAAAUCAGCAUAAUCAGGAAUGUCACUGACCAAAACAGGUCACAGUUUGUACAUGACAAUACAUAAUAUACUCAACAUGGUACAUGUAGUAAUUCUUGUUGUGUUCUGUAACUUUAGUUCCUAAGGAAAAAAAACUAAAUUAGAAAAAUAUACCUUACCCUUUUAGGUUAGACGAGAGCAUUGAUUUUCCUUAAUAAUUAUGUAAUAAAUCAUCAACCUCAAAAAUAUAUAUACCCUAACUUUCGCGUGGCACUAUGGCACUAUGCCAUACCUCUACAUGCAUCUUACACCUUUGGCUACAACAUUCUCAGCUACCUUUUUUUUUUUAGCUGUAGUGGCAGAAAGUGAAGUCAUAACAUUUUCUUACCUUGGUAACCCCUAGAGAGGUGGGUAAUACCAAUGGGGCAAAAGUUUUCAGUUCUAUCCAAAACAAAUAAAAUUUUGAUGUAUUUUAUUUAGACUUGUUAGAUGCACAGUAGCAUAGCAGAAAUUUAUAGUGUAUGAACAACUUUAGUGCCUCUGUGUCAGUUUUUGCCUAUCAGUCAGACUUCAGUUUGGAGGCAAAUCUUGGACCCAAUUUCCUGAAUUGAGCAUGUGUAACAAAGAGGACAAAGUUUUACAAUUUUUUGUUAGUAAUGUCUUCAUAUGAAUUUGGCAUUAAAAGCAAAAUCUUACAUGGCUAAUGGGAAAAAUCAAAUUUCAGGGCUAGUGAUCCACCUGAGUUGUUACUCUACACGUUAGUGUCUGGGAUAAGAUGUUUUGUGGAGAACGGGGUUUAAAUUUCUUUUCUGUCAAAAAAGAAAAUCUGCGGAAAUGAAGAUUUACUUUGUAUUUCCUUAAAAUGCAACACCUGUUGUCUUUAGUUGCUAUUUAAUUUUACCAGUUCUCCCCAUCUGCACAGAAGCUAUGUAAGAAAUGCUCGGCCUAUCUCCACUUGUACCUGUAGGAAGGAAUUAAAUAAAAAAACUAAACAAAAUUUUUAUUAUUAUUGUUACACAUAAGAUAAGAAGAUCAACGUUUAGACCUAUUUUGAAACACAACAUUAGCAUAUUUAAUGUUGUAAAAUCACUUUGCACAUAACAAAAUUGCCAUACAUAAUUGUGCCUUGCUAUACUAAGUGUCAUACAUGUUUGUAGGUGUUUCAGAAUAUGUGAUAAAAAUAACUUGCUACAUCUAUAGCCAUCCUGAAACAGUUCUGGUCAGAUGAAUGCCAUUUUACACUCACCUGUGUAAAUGAAAUUUGGAAAUACAAGCCUUAUAGGUGUGCGGGGGAAAUUUUGCAUAAAUAGCAGGAUGAGGGGUAGACAGGGUUGGGGUUGUAAUGGUUGGGGAUAAUCCAUGGUAAAAAGUAGUCCAGUUAAGUUAAGACACUCACAACUUGACCUGAAAUUUGUCAGAUUCAACUUCAAAAAU